GCUGAGGCAGACUGUAUAUAAACUGUGGUGAUCCGAAACCUCUGACAGCAGCUCGAGAAUCAUCUGACUUGAAGCUUUCCAGAGGAAUUUGCUAAAGUGAUCUCAAGGUGUCUUUUCAUCAUGGAUAUAACCAUUUCUAUGAUGGAUGGGACUGCCCACACACUGAGUGUGAACCCACAGGCCACAGUGGGCUCCCUGAAAUCCCUGAUCCAGCAGAAACUAGGAGUUCGCUCUGAGACGCAGAAGCUGGUCUAUGUAAACGGCAUGAACACUGUCCUCAGCGACGACUCGACACCCAUCAGCCACUACGGCUUGAACUCUGGAGCGAGGGUCUCCCUGCUGGUGACCCAGCCUGCGACCAUCCAGGUGUUCCUCAGAGACGAAAAGGGGAAGACGAGCACCUAUGACAUCAAACCUGACGAGACUGUGGGCAACUUCAAGAAGAGGGUCCAGUCCAGACAGGGGGUCCCUGUGGACCAGCAGAGGCUCAUCCACCAGAGCCGAGAGAUGACGGAGGCGGGGAGCAAACUCUCAGACUACGACGUCGUAUCGCACAGCACCAUCGACCUGAACCUCCGCCUGAGAGGAGGCUGAGGACACUUCUGCUUCAUCGGAGUUGAUUUUCUGAACAUUCCUUUAUUUUAUUGUAAUUAAUGAUAUAGCUUCAAAUUGUUCUUAUUUAUUUGUAUUUUCAUUUGGAAAAAUCAAUGCAUUCCUCUGUUUAGGCUUAUGUAUUCCAUAACAUCUUAAUAAAACUUGUUAAGGCUUAAUUCUUUAUUUGGUAUUUGAUCCACUCAACAUGUCAUUAUGUUAACUGUACACUGUUAAAAACAAAUAAAAAUAACUUUCCAAAUAUGAA